CAGUCGUCGCAUCGCCGCCUUGAGAAAUGGCGUCCGGAGAGCGGGUCGUCUCUAUGAAAAGACUCAAGAGAGAGUAUGGAAAACUCUCUCAAGGUCCUCCUGCUGGCGUGUCCAUUAGUUUACCGUCCGACACAGAUCUGUAUGUCUGGGAGGCACUCCUGAGUGGACCUGUUGACUCAGUCUAUAAAGGUGGGCUUUUCAAAGUCAGAGUUUGUGUCCCGUAUCCUGUUUCAUAGCUAGAUUGUACGUACGUAUGUACGUAGCUAAUGUGGAUUUGCAGUGUGUACAGUUUCUUGACACAAAGUCUCAGAGAAAACUAUCCAGUGAAGCCACCAGAGGUAGGUCCACUCUUAUGUAACGGGCCCAUCCCGUUUAUGGGAGAGGCGCAAGCUACUAGUCGGUGGAGAGGGCGAUACGUUCAUACGUACGUGCGGAGGAGGUCCGCCCCCCUGCAUUACGCCCCUAUAUAGCGCCCUCUACUGCACGCAUGCGCAACGGCUUGCCUACAGAGGGCUUUCUUCCUACAGGUGCAUUUUGUCGCUCCGUUUCCAUACCACCUGAAUGUAAGCCAGAAAUCAGGCCAAGUUUGUUUGGGAUUGCUUGGAGAUGACAAGUGGGAACCUUCCUACAUGGGAAUGGAGCAUGUUUUCCAGGCCCUGGUGGCCAUCCUCAUCCGCCCUGAGCCUUCCAGUGCUAUGGACCAUGAGCUCCUCAACAACUACCACAAUCUAUCGUCUAUUUAUGCAAUGAAAGCCAAAUGUAGUGCAAAAGUUGCUGCAGAGCACUUCAAGAAACUGAUUUGAAACAAUCUUGUUCUGCUAUAUAGUUGUAUGUAUAUUAUUAGCUGUGAUAGAUCUUUACAACAAUUACUUUUGCAAUGUUGUUUGCCACGGUUUCUGAGGGACAACUCCUGUGAUUCUCCUCCCAGUGUGCUGGUAGGUCAUGAAGGUCAGUCUCUGGUUCAGGAGUCAGGUCUAUUGCCUCGUCUGGUGGCAUGUUUUGACGACACAUGAUUGUAUAGUCAUAAGCAAAUGUGUUUCAAAUAGUGUCUUCUAAUGCUGUUUCCACUAAGACCUGAUCGACUUGUUAAACAGUGCAACUUUGUCUUAACAAGCACUUGCAUCCAGCCAUCUCCUUAAGUGUUGGAUACAGAUCUGUAUGUCUUUAAAAUCUUAUCUACAAGCAACUUCUUCAGUAUGUAUAUGAAGAACAUAGGCCAAAAAGAGUGUGAUGAAGGCCACAAACAGUUUCAAGAAGUAAUCUCUUUGAACAUUAAUAUCUGCUGUUGGUGUGUCCACUAAUCAUUGUAAUUCACUCUCCAUUUUUUUGCU